AGCAAGCCGUGUGCAGUUGCGCGCGAUCAACGUGCGCAAAAAAACCUCAUGAUUUUUGUGCCCAGCGAUGAUAAGGCUAAUUUGCGCACGCCCUGAUAGGAAUAGGAUGGACUUGGUGGUGUGCAAAGCGCUGGAUGUACUAUAAGAGCGCUUGGCCACAUAGCUGCAUUCAUCAAAGAGUGCUUUCUAGCAGCAAAGUUAAUUAGUUCAAAAUUAAUAUCCUCAAACCGAAGUCUAAGAAAUACAACAUGGGUUGCAAGGCUUGUGGAACAAACUGCCAGUGCUCGGCCACAAAUUGCGGCGAUAACUGCGCCUGCAGUCAACAGUGCCAGUGUUCCUGCAAGAACGGACCCAAGGACAAGUGCUGCUCCACCAAGAAUUAAAUUCAUAUGCCCUUUAUCAAGCUCAUCUUAAUUCGUGAUAUAUAAACCUUUGGCAUGAAAUCGUAAUAAAUACACAAUCAAUUCACUCAA